AUGUCAAUUCGCCCUCCUGUCAAAUCAUGGUCUUCGACUUUAAGACUACCUAAAUCUUCUUUUCCUCCUCGACCUCUCCCCGCAGAGCAACCAAAAUAUCUUCAACGAUCCUCUGGUGAUCUUUACAAAUGGCAAAGCCGUGAAAGAUCUGCCAAGAAGCCAUUUAUUCUUCAUGAUGGUCCUCCAUACGCCAAUGGCCCUCUUCAUGUCGGUCAUGCUGUGAACAAACUUCUAAAAGAUAUCAUUUGUCGAACCAAGGUUCAACAAGGCCAUCAAGUUGUUUGGGUUCCAGGAUGGGAUUGUCAUGGCCUUCCUAUCGAGAUAAAGGCUCUUGAGCAACAGCGCGAGAAGAAUAAGGAUGUCGGAGGAGUUCUGGAUGCUAUUGGAAUCCGAAGAGCUGCUCGAAAUCUAGCAAGUAAAACCGUAAAGGAACAAAUGAAAGGCUUCCGAGAAUGGGGUGUUAUGGCAGAUUGGGAAAAGGCUUGGAAGACAAUGGAUAAGACAUUCGAAACCAAGCAACUAGCAGUUUUCCAGGAAAUGGUCAAGAAAGGUCUUAUUUUUCGACGUUACAAGCCGGUUUAUUGGUCACCUUCAUCGAGAACAGCUCUUGCAGAAGCGGAGCUUGAGUACAAUAACGAACACAUUUCUACAUCUGCAUAUAUUAAGUUUCCUAUCGCCAAUAUUCCCCAAAAAUUGAAGGACUCCAUUCCCAAUCUGAACAAACUUUCGGCCUUAAUUUGGACUACUACGCCUUGGACCCUACCUGCAAAUAGAGCCAUCGCGUUCCAUCAAGAUCUAACUUAUUCUAUCGUCAAAUAUGAUGAUGAUUAUCUCAUUAUCGCGGACUCUAGAUUCUCUGCGCUUCAAGACUCAUGCUUCAAAGACAAGGCCGUCGAGGUGGUUCUACAAAAUGUCUCUGGCUCUGUUCUCAAAAACUUGACUUAUACCAAUCAACUUUGCGGCCGAAACUCUGGGUUCCAACCUUUAAUUCAUGCAGAUUUCGUUUCGGCUGAAUCCGGUACUGGACUGGUUCACUGCGCUCCUGGUCACGGUAUGGAUGAUUAUGAGGUUUGCACUCGCCUUGGUAUAGCAGCUGUUGCCCCUGUGGAUGAUCUUGGUUGCUUUACCGAUGCUGCUCUUCCUGACGAUCCAAGUGCUCUGUCAGGUAAGUCUGUACUGUCUGAUGGAAAUAUGGAGGUUUUGAAGAUCUUUAGAGAUCAAGUUCUAUUCAUUUCCAAGUAUAAGCAUAAAUAUCCAUAUGAUUGGCGAACCAAGCUUCCUGUCAUUGUCAGAGCCACAGAACAAUGGUUUGCAAAUGUUGGAGAUGUCAAAAGUCUUGCCCUGGAAAGAUUGAACGACGUGGCAUUCAUUCCUCCAACGGGAAAGCAGAGACUUGAAAGUUUUAUCAAGUCUAGGAGUGAAUGGUGUAUCUCGAGACAAAGAGCUUGGGGUGUUCCCAUACCUGCUUUGUAUGACGAAAGUGGUACAGCCUUGUUGACCGAUACCAGUGUUGCGCACAUUCUCUCUGUUAUUGACGAACGAGGAAUCGAUGCAUGGUGGUCAGAUACAGAAAAUGACCCCGCAUGGAUCCCAGCUGGGAUAGAAGGUACAUACCGACGAGGCAAAGAUACUAUGGAUGUAUGGUUUGACAGCGGCACCAGUUGGACGCAAACCGAGCAACGUGCUGAUGUCUACUCCGAAGGCACCGAUCAACAUAGAGGCUGGUUUCAAUCAAGUUUGUUGACUCACACCGCCGUUGCCGAUAGUUCGGAAGCACCUUUCAAGACGUUGAUCACGCAUGGGUUCACACUUGAUCAAAAUGGACGAAAAAUGUCUAAAUCAAUUGGAAACACAAUAGCACCAAGUCAGAUCAUGGAUGGUUCGCUUCUUCCACCUUUAAAAAUGAAGAAAAAGGGCGGAAAUGUUUCUCAAGGACUUGGAGCCGAUGCAUUGCGCCUAUGGGUCGCCAGCAGUGACUAUACCAAGGAUAUUGUCAUUGGCCAACCGGUUCUUGCAUCUGUGAAUUCCUCAUUACUAAAGUAUCGUCUCACAUUUAAGAUGUUACUGGGAUCAAUGCACGAAAAUGCCAGGACUUCACCGGUGACUAAAUUGGAUAAAAUUGCUUUGGUCCAGUUGAGAGCAGUUAUGGCUGAAGUCGAGUCGGCUUAUGAUGCUUAUGAGUUCCAUAAGGCUGUGGGCGCAAUUAAUCGAUGGAUCCAAACAGAUCUCUCCGCUUUCUAUUUGGAAGCCAGUAAGGACAGGCUUUAUUGCGGUGAUGGAGGAGGUAUCCUAGAAGAAAUAUUCCAUGGUCUCCUUAAAAUGUUAACUCCAAUCACUCCUUGUCUGGUUGAAGAGGUCUGGAAUCAUUUACCUGCCUGGAUGGCUGCCGAAAGUCAAGUUCAUCCAUUCCAUAGAGAGUUCCAUGAUCCCAUCAUCUCUCCAAGUCGACUCUCUGUGGAAGAAAUUUCAUCUAUCGAGCAAGAUAUUCCCUGGUUAUUAAGUGCCCAUACUGCCAUCAAGACAGCUCAAGAAGAAGCUCGCUCUCAAAAAACCAUCGGGUCAUCUUUAGAAUCAUCCGUGUUGCUAGAUCUACCUAUCCAAAGCCAGGAAGUAUUCAAACGAUAUGCAGAUGAACUAGACAGCAUAUUUAUUGUAUCGUCUGUGGAGAUUGGUGGUGAUGUUAAUAGAGGAGACUGGAAAUUCUCUGCGCUGUUAUCUCCACCCGGGUCGCAUGAACAGAAUGGGGAAGGAAAGGUAUGGGUUUUACCUCCCAAGGAUGAGAAAUGUCCAAGGUGUUGGAGGUAUGUAGCUCCGGUAGAAGAUGAGCUUUGUGGGAGAUGUGAUGUUACUGUUGUAUAA